AUGUUUCUGCCGCUGUUCGACACAUUUGAUCCGACCACAUGCGCCAAGCAGGAUGACGAGACGACUGACUGGAUACAACGCGAGCGGGACAUAGUACGAAAGGUUGUGACUCAGUUCCAAGUAUUUGAGCUCCUAGCCCGACUCGAAUCACCAGCCCAGACUCAGCGACAUUUUGACAUCGAACUUGACCCCGAAGACGCCCUCUAUAUCCUCCAAGCAAACCGCCCGCCUUGCCGAUAG